UGUUUGUCAGUGAAAGUGUAACACAUGUGUUUUACGCAUUUAUAAUAUUGAAUAAAUAAUGUUACACAAUUAAAUUACAACGUCAAGGUUGAAUGAAAGUGAUUUAGGUUACACAUUUUGACCCUACGUUUACGUACCUACAUGUUUUCUACAAAAUAAUUAUUUUCUAGUCGCCAAAGCUAGACUUUAUACUUUGUCGCAACGGUCUGGCAACGUCGCUCGCGUCAACGUUGACUCUUGCCGAAGGUUUACGAAGUUCGGCCGAACUCCGCGGGUGAGCGAACAAUGGCGCCGAGCGGAGCGGGGCGGGGCGGGCCUGACGCGACGGCACGCUGACGCUAGCGUAGCGCCAGCGCCAACAGUUUGCUUGUGCAUACAGCUCGAGGAACCCGCACUGCUACCGGACAUUUUAUUUUAUAAUUCUGACAAAAUUAAUAUUAAGAAUAGCAGUUAAUCAUGGACGUGGGGAAAUUAAUUGAAUUAGUAAGACAAAACGUAUUCCUUUACGACAUCAGUCAUAGAGACUACAAAAACCCCAGCCUUAAAAAUGCCACGUGGGAAUCAAUUGCAAGCGAAUUGAACGAAUCUUGUGAGGCUUGCAGACAUAAAUGGAAGACAGUAAGAGACAGUUACAUAAAGCACAAGAAACUAUUAAAACGUAGAACUGGCAAGAAACCUAUCGAAUACAUCUGGGCUUCACAUUUAAGUUUCUUAGAAAAACACCAAGUGAACAGAAGAAGUUUUUAUCAAUCGGCAAAUGACAAACCAUAUUCUUCACAAGCAGUAGCAACAACGACAAAAAGUUGUGAGAAACCUCAGAAGCCGGUUCGUGAUGAGUUACAGUUACAGUCGAUGUUGGCGCUCUCACCACCACCCCUAGCGCCAUUGACUACUUCCAAAGACGACAGUACACUCAAAUUCCAAACUUUAACGAAAGUUAGAAACAGCAUAGACACUGCAUCUGCAACUUCAACUAAAAGACUGAACGAAAUAGACGCGACCGACCUCCUCUUCCUCAGUUACUCCAGUACAUUCAAAACGUUCUCAGGCAGACAACAAGCGCUAAUGAAGAUUCAGCUAGCGAAAUUAUUUGCUAACACUGAACUAGAGAAUUUGGAUAAUGCUGAGACUUCCAGAGAUGAGAUGGAAAGAAACUGCUCCCCUGUUAUUGUUAAAACUGAGUGUUAUAGUGAGCAGGAAGACAGUCGGAACAGUCAGUCUGGUACGUCUUCUAAUGAAGAGGAUGAUGAUAACUCGGAUGACAAACCUCUGAAGCGAACACGUCGUGGUUCACAAACGUAGAUUUAGAUUUCAGCCAUGAUCGUCCCACUGCAGGGCAAAGGCCUCCCUACCUUCCUUUCACUCCUUUCUGUUUAAAGCUUUUUGCGGCCAAUCCUUGUCAUAGCUGUUGAGUUCGUCCCGCCAUCUCCUUUUGGGCCUGCCGCGACGUCUGUGGACGUUGAGCGGGCUCCACUCAGUAGUGAGUUUUGCCCACCGCUCAUCCGACAUGCGGCAGACGUGACCAGCCCAGUUCCACUUCAUAAACGUAGCUUUAAUCUUUUUCUUCUCUUCUAAUAAUAUUUUCUGAUUUAUUUCGUUGCGGGAUCCAAGACAGUCUCAUGUCCCAGGGACCGUUUCGGUGUUUCGAUGUUUUCAUCGUUGUUAUCUACUGUAGAUCCUGGCUUACGGGAGUUGCAGCGGUAAAGGCGGUUGUGGCGGGCUUGUCCCAAAAAAAACUAGCUUUAAGUAAUUUGAAUGUUCAAUUUGAAAGCAUUUCGUUGAAACAGUUAGAACUGUGUUAUUGUUGUUAAUUACAUAUGUCAAAAAGACUCAUAAAAGAUUUUAUAAAUAAGACUCAUAGAUCUAUGUUUUAGAAGUUAAAAUUCUUUAUUGUUACAAUAUGUGAUAAUAUUAUAAGAAAUUGUCGACAAUGAUUUUGUAAGAAAAUGUUAAUAAAUAUGAAUAUUAUAAUUUUAUAAUUAA